AUGAAAGGACCUACAUUGAACUUUCGUAGAAAUCCCAGCAAGGGUAAUGCCAUUAAAUCAGUGGAGAUUUUGGCCAAGCCCGAAACUCCACCACCCAAGUUUAUGGAGGAAUCUAAUAUGGAAUUUAACAUAUUGGCCAGCGAGAGGCUGCCCAACUAUGCGAAACUGGAUCUCUUUCAUAGAGCUGUGUAUCCAUUCAUGCUUUUGGCCCAAUGUUUUGCCGUAAUGCCUUUAUUGGGCAUUCGGGAGUCCAAUCCAAGACGCGUUCGAUUUGCCUACAAAUCUGUGCCCAUGUUUGUCACCGUGAUCUUCAUGACGGCCACUUCUACAUUAUUUCUGGGCAUGUUUACUCGCCUAGUUAAUAUUGGUAUUACGGCUAAAAAUUUUGUGGGUUUGGUGUUUUUUGGCUGUGUUUUGACUGCCUAUGUGGUAUUCAUUCGACUGGCAAAUAAAUGGCCAGCAGUUAUACGCUACUGGACCAAAACGGAAAUGGUUUUCACCAAACCACCUUAUGAAUUACCCAAAAGAAAUCUUUCACGUCGAGUGCAGUUGGCUGCCUUGGCCAUUAUUGGCCUGUCCUUAGGUGAACACACACUAUAUCAGGUAUCGGCUAUACUGAGUUAUAAGCGCCGCUUAAAUAUAUGCACCAAUAUAACCGAAGUGGCCAAUUUUGAUAAUUACAUACAAAGAAACUACGACUAUGUGUUUGAAAUACUGCCUUAUAGUCCGAUCUUAGCUGCUCUUAUGUUGCUAAUCAAUUUAGCCUGCACUUUUGUUUGGAACUACAUGGACCUCUUUAUCAUGAUGAUUAGCAAGGGUUUGUCCUAUCGAUUUGAGCAAAUAACUGCUCGCAUUCGAAAAUUGGAACAUGAAGAGGUCUCGGAAUCGGUUUUUAUCCAAAUUCGGGAGCAUUAUGUCAAGAUGUGCGAACUACUGGAAUUUGUAGACAGUGCUAUGUCCAGUCUAAUAUUGCUUUCGUGUGUUAAUAAUCUAUACUUUGUGUGCUACCAGCUGCUAAAUGUUUUCAACAAACUUCGCUGGCCCAUCAACUAUGUGUACUUCUGGUACUCCCUUCUGUAUCUGAUUGGACGCACGGCCUUUGUUUUCCUCACGGCGGCGGACAUCAAUGAGGAAUCCAGGCGGGGAUUGGGGGUCCUGCGGAGGGUUUCGAGUCGCAGCUGGUGCGUGGAGGUGGAGCGUCUGAUAUUUCAGAUGACUACCCAGACAGUGGCCCUUUCCGGCAAGAAGUUCUACUUCCUCACGCGUCGCCUGCUCUUUGGAAUGGCUGGCACCAUUGUCACCUACGAGUUGGUCCUUUUGCAAUUCGAUGAACCCAAUCGACGCAAAGGACUGCAGCCCCUGUGCGCCUGA